AUUUGUCAGUGAAAAGUCUCGUCUCUGCAUCGGCGAUUUUAUUUUCAAAAGAAUUUUAUUAUAAAAUAAAAAGAGAGUGGUUUUUUAAUACUUUGCGUUUACCUUCUAUUUUUAUUUGGUGCGCGUAGCUUAGUUUGUAAAUGAGGGAGGAAAGAAAAUUGGUGUAACGUGGCAAACGUCGGCGCGAACAUGUGGACGGUGUGCGUGCCGGGCUGGGGUGCCAUGCUGGCAGCCGGCACGCUGCUGUUGUACGGCACGCUGGAUGUCGCCUACUUCGCGCGCAUGAUGUACACUGUGGCCAAGGCGCGGUACUUCAGGAAGAAGACGUGCAUCUUGGACACCACUCAAGUUGAAUCGUGGUGCCUCCUCAACGACAUAGACACGUUGCUCUACCACAUGAACAAUGCGCGCUAUCUCCGCGAGCUCGACUUCGCUCGCGCGGACUACUACGAGCGGACGGGCCUGUACGCUAACAUCAAGGCGGCAGGCGGGUCAGUACUCCAGGCUGCCACCACCAUCCGUUACAGGCGGUAUCUGAAGCCUUUCACCAAGUUCACUAUCACUUCCAAGGCCAUCUACUGGGACGAGAAGACGUUCUUCAUGGAGCACGAGUUCGUCGGCCCGGGUGGCUUCGUCCACGCGGUGGCGUUGUGUCGGCAGCGGGUCAUAGACACCUCCGUCGCCGCCAUUGCUGAGUUGCUGUUGCAGCUGCACUGCGCUGGCAGCUGCAGGCCAGCGCCAGAGAAGAUGCCGUCUGAACUGGAACUCUGGGUGCAAAGCAAUGAGCUGAGUUCUGCGAAGUUGCGACCGAACGUCGGCAACCUCCCUUCCCUGGAACCCCCCAACAACCUCGGGGGCUGUGGGGACUUGCUCCCCAAAAUGGCUUCCGAGUGAUACCAGCUCAACCCGAGCGAAGACCAGCAUUGUGGGAAGAAUCUUUAAGAUUCAUAUUUCACUUACUAUUUCUUGCAUUCCAUAUUGAAUUUCUUAAAGAAAUCCUUAACAAAAGGCAGUAAAAAUAUCACUAUGACAUGACAUGACAAGAAAGUAAAGGAAAUUUAAAGUUUGGAUUUUUUUAUACAUAUAGCAUAAUACUUACAACAGAUUUAUAUGGCUGACCAUAGCAACAUGAAACGCAAAAUAUAUUGGGUAGAUACCCUAAGCGAAACGGUGUCUUUGCUCAAAAUGUUUUGUGAGGCGAGUUGGAUAAGCAGCUAGACUUUUUUCCACAAUGUGCACGCCUCAUAAAACUCAUUAGACAAAAUGUAGCGCAGAAAUAUGUCUCUUCAAAGUGAAGUUGGUUGUCCAUUUUCUUCGUGAAGAUGUAUGCUCCUUCUGGCAGUGGUAGCUUGUCUUGAUUUACAUUUAGUUGUAGGAUGUAAAUCAGGAUGGUAAAUAUUUUUAUUUUUACUUUAAAGUAACACAAUUAAAAUAGCAAAUUUUCAGUCACUUCGGACGUGAAUUUACAGUCAGUUCGGGACGGCAAAUUUUUAGUCAUUCCUAGACGGCGAAUUUUUAGUAGGUAAUUCCCGGACGGCGAAUUUUUAGUCAUUCCCUGACGACGAAUUUUUAGUCAUACCGACCGGAGUUAUAAAAUUACAACGAAAAGUGGCAUUGAUUUUUAUAUAUAUAGAUAUGGAAUGCAAGAAAUAGAUCAUAGUAUAAUAUGAAUCUAAACAGGGGUCGUAUAGGAUUUCGUUCGGGUUUAGUUGUUGGGCAAGUGUUUUUAAAUGACAGUUGUAUACUGGUGACGUUGGUUAUGAUUCUUAUGCAUAUAGGUUUUUAAGAUACGCCUAUAAAGCAUUGUGUUGAAAAUAAAAGGUAAUAACUCAUUAGAGCCACCCGAGAUCCGACCCGAACCGCCUCGCCUCGAGUGGUUAGUAUUCUUCGUAUGGAUUUGUAUGGGUAGGCGCUCACUACAUCAACUCCGUACCAUCACCGGAUCGCCUCGCUCGCGAGAUGUCCACGACUGCGAGUAGACCACUCGAUGAUAGCUUGCUGUUGGCAUGCUUGCAUGAAUCGCGAGGAAAUUACUCGGACCUGUCGACUACAAGUGGACGCCUAGCGACGAGGCGGUGCGGAUCGGGUCUUAGGUGGCUCUAAUGAGCUACGACCUUUAAGUAACUUUUAUUCCAGCGUACACAUUUCUGUUUGUAUUAGCAGCUAACUUUGUACAUAGACCUAAUAGAGACAUCUUUUUUUUUUUCAUUUUAUCUGAGAAAUCUCUGUAGCCUCAUAACUAGACUGGAAGAAUACCUACACAUUUUUUUGCUCAAUGACUUCAAAAUAUAUGUAAUUGAACAAAAACUGAUACUUACUCGUAAGUACAUAAGUUUACAAAGGAUUUUUUUAUUGGAUAUUUUAUUGAUUUUAUUAUUUUAUAGCAUAAAAUUCAUGAAUUUCAUGAAAUUAUUAAUUACACUCUUUCUGUGCGCUCUCAUAUGAGACCCCACUCUAGUAUAUUUGCAGAUAUUUAGUUAUUCUUCCCCACUUUCACCCCCACAACUUUUAAACGGCUCAACCGAUCAUCAAACAUAUCUAAGGACACUCGCGCAUAAUAAAAAAAAAUCACUUCAUCCUGAUCAUAUAAUGAUUUAUUUAUUUUGCUAUCAUCCGCGAAAAGUCGACGAACCCAUGCGACAACGUCACCCAGGUCCGACAAAAUACUCUCUACGCAUGCUUCACCCCGAAACCGGAGCAUCCUCAGGAGACGUUGACUCUACAACGUGCAAUUGCAAAAUAUAAAAUAAAAAUAUAAUAAUGAUGAACUUCCGCAGAGUGACGCCUUCUUCCUUCCAAUAUCACUUCAUCCGUUCGGAAGAUAUGGUGCCACAGACAGACAGACACGUCAAACUUAUAACACCUCACUUUUUGCGUUGGGGGUUAAUAAAUAUACAACAUUUUGAUUAGAUCGUAAUAUUGGUAUGUGUGGGUUAUCUCAAAGUUAUCUGUAUUGCAACAAGAUUUGUUGAUAAGAGUUCGUUUAACCCAAAUAUAUUGAAUAUUCUUUUAUAACAUGUCACAAUUUGCCAGACUACUGAUAUGACGUACAUUAGGAAAAAAUAUCGUUAUCAACCCAUAUUCGACUCACUGCUGAGCUCGAGUUUCCUCUCAGAAUGAGAGAGUUAGGCCAAUAGUCCACCACGCUGGCCCAAUGCGGAUUGGCAGAAUUCACACACGCAGAUAAUUAAGAAAAUUCUCUGGAAUGCAGAUUUCCUUCAGAGUUUCAUUUUGAGACGCGUAAUAUUUAAUUUUUUAUAUGGAAAAAGUAUACGAAUUGUAUAUUCAUUCAUUUUUAUAGUAAUAAUUGAGGAACUAAACUACGCAUGUGAAACCGCGCGGCGUCUGCGUUUAAUCUUUACUAAUAUUAUAAUGCUGAAGAGUUUGUUUGUUUGCUUGAACGCACUAAUCUCAGGAACUACUGGUCCGAUUUGAAAAAUUCUUUCUGUGUUAGAUAGCCCAUUUAUCAAGGAAGGCUAUAGGGUAUAUAUUAUCACGCUAAGACUAAUAGGAGCGGACUACCAAUGAAGAGUGUUUCAAAAUCGGGGAUUUUUUCCUGUUGAGAGCUUACACUGCAUGUGCUGCGUAAACGGUUAAAAUUUCGCGAAAAUCAUGGAUGAUAGUCUAUUAUAGACUAUCAUCCAUAUCAUCUAUGUUAUAAAGAGGAAAGAUUUGAUUGUUUGUUUGUAUGUUUCGAAUAGGCUUUGAAACUACUGAACCGAUUUAAAAAAUUCUUUCACUGUUGGGAAGCUACACUAUCCCUGAGUGCUAUAGGCUAUGUUUUAUCCCUAUAUUCCUACGGGACCGUCAAUCACGAGGGUGAAACCACGAGGCAUUUGCUAGUAAUAUAAUGUAGAGGACAUUCAGCAGUGGAAGUCCAUCGGAUGACAGAAGUACGUUAGCAGGCGUAGAUGCCAGUCAGGCAUUAACGGGGCGUUAACACGUUAACUGCGGUACGAGGUCAAUUGACCUCGUACACCUAGCGUAGUCAAGAGUUACGAGGUUGAUGGACCUCGUACCUCGAAAGUACAGAAAAAUCAGUGCCGCAGCGAACGCGCUUAAAUGAUAUUAUUAAAUUGUCUGGCUUGAAGCAAUGCUGUGUUUCUUGAGUUAUUUAAGCCUAUACUUAAUUAAUUGCUAUGAAUUCUUUCAUAUAGUGAAUGAAGUUACUCCCCAAUCGCGCAAAUCUGUGUAUGCUUAUGUAGACUGACUGAUUUUGAUUGGAUUUUUGUAUAUAAUGUCACCAAAAAACACGAUAUAAAUGUAUUCGCAUAUUAAUCUGACGUCCUAAGAUGUUUAGGAAACACAAUUUUGUUAUUAAAAAAAAUUAAACAUUUCAUAAAUUGAACAUUUCAAUAGGUAUUGUUUAUUUACUUGAUUCUGUAAACGUUGUGAAAAUUAUGUUAUCAAGCAAAAAGUUUGAAAAAAAUUACGAAAAUUUAAUUAAAUAUAACUAAAUUUCCUAAAAGGUAAAUUAAAUAGGUAGGUGAUGUGAAUCAUGAUAUUGAAAUGAUAUUGUAUAUAAUUCGUAAUUGUACUUAAACGAUAUAUAUCUAUUUAAAUAAAAAUUUAAAUGGCUGCAAUUUUUAUUUAUAACCACCUUUAUAAAUAUCCCUAUUCCAAUCGGGAUGAUGAC